UCCACCAGGCGGGCCCCCGGGCCUGCAGCCGCUGGGGGCGGGGCGCCGAGGUUGGGGCGCGGCGACCGGCUGUCCGCAACCUCAGCCUGCUCGACCCCGCGGUACUCAGGAUGCUGCUUGUGGACACCGACCGGCCCGAGCCAGUGAGCAGCGGGGCGCGCGAGCUCGCGCUGUUCCUGACCCCGGAGCCAGGGGCCGAGGCGCAGGCGGUGGAGGAGACGGUGGAGAACUUGCUCCUCAGGCUGGAAGAGUUCUGCUGCCUGACUGACAUGAUCAGGAAUGAUACGUCGCAGAUCCUGGAGGAAAACAUCCCGCUCCUUAAGGCCAAGCUGGCAGAAGUGCGUGGCAUCUACGCCCAGGUGGACCGGCUGCAGGCCUUCGUGGAGAUGGUCCGGCACCACGUCUCCUUCCUGGAAGCCCACGUGCUGCAGGCCGAACGGGACCACGCAGCCUUCUCUCAGGCCCUGCGACGGUGGUUGGGCUCUUCGGGGCUGCCGGCCCUCAGGAAUAAACCGUCUGCAGCGGCACGCCCCGCGUUCGAGCUGCCCACCCUGUACAGGACCGAGGACUACUUCCCCGUGGACGCCGGGGAGGCCACACCCCGGACCCCCGGCUGCCAGGGGCACCAGUGAGCUGCAGGCGACCGGAAAGCGGAACUCCGUGGACACGCGGCUUGGGGUUUUCCUCGUGUUUUGUUGUUGUCGUCCAUCUGUUUGCUGAAUUUCCUCCCCUGCUUCACGUGAGACACAGGGACGGAGCAGUUGAACCCACAUGUGAGGGUCAGGAGAGGGCUCCCCUGCGCGGUGGGCUCCCCGAGGUUCUGGGCCUCAGAUUCCCUUGCGCUCUGGGAAGGGCUUUGCUGGAGUCAAGGGGUCACUCAGUGCCGCCAAGGGCAGGGCCCAGGUCCCUUGGUCUCGGGUGGUCAGUGCCCCCCGGUGCCCGCAAACCCACCAAUAAAGGUGUCAAGAGUG